AUGGGCCGACUUCGCAACUUAUCCCAGAGCUUCAAAGCUGCUGCCUUCCACUCUUCCAAUGCCUCAACGCCGUCUCUUUCUAAGACUUCGCCUAAUGGCCAGACUGAAAUAGUCCGCAAAGACUCAGCAUCUCCGUCCCCAAAUUCUCCCGUCCCACCGUACAACGAAACCCCUCCUCCGACUUGCCGGCCAGACCGGCCGGCCUCUCGUCCCGCAUCCAUGGUGUAUACAUCCCCACAGGAGUCGGUGGUGAAGGAAUAUCACGUUGAAGAGCUGGUCCCCGUCUUCAGUUUUCUCUCGAGCCAUGCCAACAAGCUUUAUCAAGAAGGCUACUUCCUGAAGCUCAAUGACCUUGACACACACGGGCGCCCUUACGCCGAUCGAAGUUGGACCGAAUGCUUUGCUCAGUUGGUCGGAACGGUGCUUUCGUUUUGGGACGCAGCUGCUCUUGAUGCAGCUGGUCAGGAUGGAGAGGUUGCCCCCACAUUUAUCAACCUCGCAGAUGCCUCGAUCAAGAUGAUCGAAACCCUCCCCACACGAAAUCCGGGCGUUCAGCCUCUUCAAAAUGUUCUCUCAAUCUCCACCGCGGGCAAGAAUCGCUACUUGCUACAUUUUAACUCGCUACAUUCCCUAACACAAUGGACAGCCGGGAUACGUCUGUCAAUCUUUGAGAACGCAUCUCUGCAAGAAUUGUACACCGGGUCUUUGAUCGCUGGUAAAGGAAAGUAUCUGAACAAUAUUCGGACAAUUAUGGAGAGGACAAAGCACAAGACAGAGGACUGGACGCGGGUGCGAUUUGGCGCUGGAACCCCUUGGAGACGCUGCUGGUGUGUGAUUGAACCGCCUGACGAGAAGGAAUGGCACAAGUCCAACAAGUCCUUGAAGAAGAAAUCUGCAUACGAAAGACCCUCUCUUCCCAAAGGAGACAUCAAAUUUUAUGACACCAAAAAGACCAAAAAGGCUACGCCUAUAGCUACCAUCACCGACGCAUAUUCCGCCUAUGCCAUAUAUCCUCAAUCAAAGCCAUUGAUCGAUCAAUCAACCCUGGUAAAGGUUGAAGGCCAAAUCACGAUACAUUCUAAUCCGGAGUCAAAGACUGAAGGGUUUGUCUUUGUGAUGCCCGAGCUCCAUCCUGCUGUGUCCGGCUUUGAGAUGAUGCUGCGUUGGCUCUUCCCUGUAUUCGACGUUUUCCAUCUAUAUGGUCGUCCUCAACGAUUGAUUGCCGAUACGUGGGACACCAGGGGAAUCAUGUUUGCUAUGCCGAAGGAGCGGAGAUAUGGAUAUUUGGAUAUCAUGGACGUGGCAGCACUGAUACAUACACAAGGCAGUGACAAGUGGAGCGAGCGCGAGUGGCGGAAACAGAUGAAAGAGAUGACCUCCAAGAGGAUGGCGAUGACGGCGCAGAGCCGGUCAAGUAGCACUUUGGAAGCAAGGAGGACAGGCCGGGCCGUUUCGGAGUCCAGACACGGCAUUCAAUACGACGACAGUGCCUCGAUCCGCUCGACACCCUCGCGACACCAGCAUAACCAAUCUACCGAAACUACGUUUCCUUUGCCCAAGAAGGCCACUACGGUGUCAACCAGUGGUGGGUAUCUCGCUCCUUCUCAAAAUCAGCAUUCAAGGUCUGUCUCGGAAUCUGUGGCAUACGUGUCCCCUACCAAAACACGCCGACAAAUCGACAAUUAUCAUCCUUCCAGAUUGUCUAACGAAUUCACUGACACGGAACCCAUCCAACCUCCACCACCGCCUCCGGGUCAUCGAUAUCAAUACAAGAACAACGCUCUAUACAGUGAAGUGGACGCAUCUGACAGCCGAUACAGUUCCGACAGUGAUAGUCAAGGACGGCGAGCUCAUGCAGAAGAGAUCCAAGCCGACGUGGGGGAAUCAACACCACCUGCACCGGUGGCGGCGCCUCCAGACUUCCAGCAUCAGGCUGGCCAAGUGCCUCAGAAACGACCAGCUGUGAGACCAGAUUUGAGACGCGAAAAAAGUCGCAUGUCAAAUGCGACUUUGUCUCAGAUCGCUGAUGUCAACAAAAUGGCGAGCAGUGGGGGGGCGGGGCAGGCUGCGAUGGUAACGUGGAACGCCGGGAGACAGGGGGAGACAGGAGAUCAGGGGCUCCGAGGGGUAAAUACUGAGACUCCUCACGACGAAAAAGAAAUGUCUGCUAAUCUUCGUACCUCUGAAGCGGCGGUAGCAGAUGGGGCCUAUGCAGUGAGCAUUACUGAUCUCAGACCAGAGAGUGCACAAGUGCCCAGUGAGCAUUGGACCACUCGAAAAUCGAUCCCUCGAAAGCCUGUCCCGGUGCUUAACUCAUCCGUUCAGCCUCCACUCCAACGUUCUCAGUCCCCAGAUAGGAUGUCUCGAUAUGCACCCUCCAAUUACGACAACGAAUCCAGCGGAACUCCAGAUUAUGAUAGCCCUCCCGAGGAUGCCACAACGGCUACCCUUCCUAGAAGGAGGCGGACAGGCGUGCUCAAAACCGUGGGAGACCCCAGCUUCGGAUACUCCGGCAAUGCCUCGCAGGCCUCUCUCAUGGUGUCCGCCGAUAUACCGGAAGUCGACUUUGGCACAACCUUCACCCCAAGCUUGACACCUGGCCAUAGUCGUCCUCCGACUGCAAGCGGGCUCACGGGCCGACAGUCCCCGUUCGAUCUUCCUGCCACGUCUCCUGGAACUCCACUGAUGAAAUCGUCUCCUGACGAACGAACGUCGGGAGGACGCCACACGCCGACAGAAGACAGAAGGCUGUCCUUUCUGGGUGGAAUGAGCCCGCAGCUUAGCCAUUCCCGGUCUCGUAGCUAUGCCUGGCAACCCGCCACGACCGGUAGGCAUAGUCCAGGUGGAGGAUUGACUGCUGAGGAAUUUGUUCAACAUCGCGCUGCUGCUGCACGAUUGCCGAACGGUUAUGUCCCACACCGAAGCUUCUCAUCCAGCCAAAUUGAGCGGUCUCCGAGCAAACUCCAGAAAAAGAGGGAAUCCUUGGGUCGACCCAGUUCAAGAAACUCACUUCUCCUGGACUAUUCUCCUCAUUUGUCAGCGCGAGAACAAGAACACGUGGCACGGAUGACCGGAGGUCCGUUGAUCCAGGUGAACGAAAGAAACAAGACGCCGGAUCCAACGAUUGGAUUGAUUGGCGCCAUCGAAGCACGAGAACAGGAGAGAAGGAACAUAAAAGAAGGGGUAGCCGGCCACAUGGUUCAGGAAGCAAUCGCGCAGAGACAGGCGGCUGAACGCAUGUAUGGAUUCCCGCACUACCCGGGAUACCAGUCUCCCACGGAUCCCCGACAGGUUGGGCAGUGGAUGAACCCCCAGUCUGGUGUUCCCUGGACCGUCGCUGACCCUGCUUCCGCUCGCGGGCAACCGUCAUAUGUCGAGGCUCAACCGGGGCUACUUCAGCAGCCAAGUCCAGGGCACCAAUCCCUAUACGGCGGGUACUUUGCUCCGUCCCAAGGGAGCUAUAUGAUGAGGUAG